UAUACCUUUCCAUUUUUAAUAAAUUCCGUGCAACCAAAUCUCUCCAGACCGUGUACCGACCACUCCCCACUUCUCUCGCCCCCCACACACCUUAUAAACACACCUCAAUCACACUUCUAAUUUUAAUAAAACACCCCUUUUCACAUCAUCAAAAUUCCACAAAACCCUUCAAAUUUCAUCCAACAUGCACAAGAUCAAAGGUUUCAGGAUCAAGCACAAGUUUGUAAAGCUCAUCAAAUGGAGACUUCACCAAAGAGAAAAACAUUCGGGUUACCUACGAUUAACCCGACGCAAUAUCACGUCCAUAGCGAUGUCGAAACUUUGCGGGUUCGCUCGGUCUUUGAAGAAAAGUGCUAAAGACAUUUGUUUUAGGAAUUCGGGUUCAAGUUAUGUUCGGCUCGGGGAGGAAAUAAAGAAUUUGGUCCCGAAAGGGCACUUGGCGGUAUACGUAGGGGAAAAAGAGGACAACGCGUAUAGGGUUUUGGUGCCUGUGGUAUAUUUUAAUCAUCCGUUAUUUGGGGAUUUGUUAAGGGAGGCUGAAAAGGUUUAUGGGUUUAAUUAUGACGGUGGGAUUCAUGUCCCUUGUCGAAUAUCUGAAUUUGAGAACGUGCAAAUGAAAAUUAGUGCCGCGGGUGGUUGUGGCGGCGGCGGCGAUGAUCUCCGUGGACGACGGAGUUGGCGGCUUACUUUGUGAGUUGUGGUGGGAAUGUGUCACAAGUAUUCGGAAUUGACACUUGAGAGUGAGUGAUUUGGAGUCGAUUGUAAUUUGUUUGUCUUUUUUGUAGAUUUUUUUAGUCAGGUUGUACAUAUCUGAACUUUCUUUUUUAUUGACUAAAUACUUGUCAUCGUAGUUUGUUUUAUUUAGAAAGGUGGAGAUACAAUAGAAAGUUUAUUUGGCUAGGAA